UGAGUCUGCAGACAGACCGCUCCUUGCUGGGGCUGGGAGCUUUGCUGACCCUGUAAUUAGCAAGAUUAAGAUUCCGGUCAGUUUCACAACUGCUGUUCAGAGCCCUGUGGGGGUGAUCUGGAUGUGCUGCUGCCCAGAAGAGUGCUGAGAAGCAGCAGAGGUGCAGUAGUUAUUUGUGGCGGAAGGGAACCCUAAAAACAGAGGCAGGGGGUGGGGGAUACAGUAGUGAAGACUGUACCAGCCUCAUCCCUCCCCACUUGCUGCAGACAAGAGGCUCUGGAGUGAGGGCAAACGCCUUCCAGCAAGUGGAGGAUGGUGGAGCUUUGAUCUUAUUAGUCGUCUGCUAGCCCGAGGCUGUUACGCCCCAGCGGGGUCCAGGGACAGCACCCUGCUGAAACUGCCGACAACUGAGGAUUGCCAGGCCUGUCACCAGGGCGUUGAUCCUGCAGCCUCACCAUCAUUCAUACCUAGUCCUGGGCAAGCCAGUUUAACCUGUCCAUGGUGAAUCUUCCAACAUCUGGCCCCAGUUGUUGUGGAAGGAAGCUGGUAGCCUGCGCUGUGCUCUCUUUGCCCUUUAAACUGUGUUUCAAAAUGGCUGAAGCUGGCAAGGUUCUAACCCUGCUAUGGAGGGGGCUUCGCAUGGACUUGGAAGACUCCACUGGUGCCAAUCCGGUUUAAAUUGGUCCAAAGCAAGGUUCCAGCUGCAGCCUCUAGGAUAAGAGCAUGAGCUCGGGAAUGCAUUGUGUGCAUUGGGUGGGGGUGGGGGUCAAGGGAACAGGUCAUGCUGGCUUCAGACUUACCCUGUCCAAGCCACUGGGCAUGUAACUUACACCAUGCCCUCCACCUUCUCAAGCAUCCUGGGCUGGGGAUCUGUAACAAGGGCACAGAUCUAGGAAUCCCACAAGCUCGGUCAAAGCUGGGUUCUGUCUGACCUGUAAUCUGGGAGCAGGUCCAGAAGCACUGCAGGGUCUGAGCCUGCCAUCAGCUGAGCAUCUCCUGGGAGCUACUGAGCACCCUCAGUGCCUGUGGACUUCCAGAGCAGCUGGGGGUGCUUGUCCCCCAUCGGCAGGCAUUCAGCUCCUUACAGAAUCAGGCAACGAAGUUUGGCAGUGCUGCGUUAUUCAGCCCUCUUUGGUAACCUAAUCGCAAUGGAUUUUCCAGCACCCAGGGUCAGCUGCAUUGCUCCUCCCUGGUGCUGUCAGCACAGCUGACUUGGGCUAGUCUGCUGCUAGCAGUCAAGCUGGUCCACUUUAAUUACCUGGGCCAAGAGCCUUUUCCACUUGCCAACACUGGAAGUAGGCGCUAAACAGGCUUAGCAGCCCUGGUUUGGAGGAGAGGGGAGCUGGGAAAGAAGUGUGGAGAGAGAUUAAAUAGGGGAACACGGAAGGGAGGGGUGUCCCCAUUCUGAGCCUUCUUCACACUUCACAUGCCACACCCUGGUGCUUAAAGGCGCAGGCCGCAGUAGUCCGUAGGCCAGCAGAUGCUGUCUGUUCCCAGCAUAUUGCCAAGGAUGGGGACUAGUUGGGUCAGUAACAGGGUCUGGAGCCUUUCACCUCUAGAUAACCUGUCCUCAGUUAGCCCUGAUCCCUAGAGAUUGGAAAGGCAUUCCUGCCUGGUGGCUCGUGUAGGCAGUAAAUUCAGAGAGGGACUUAUCGUAGUUCCCAGCGGGCAGGUAUCCGUGUCGCCAAAACCACCAUCGUCACCAGCAUUGAUUGGUAGAUUUCAAAGCCAGAAGCAAGGCUGCCGGCAGCAAAAUCUGAAACUGAGGCUCGGGGCCAGAGUGAACCUGCAAUGGUGGCUCAGCCCCUGUUCAGUAGGGCUGGACCCAGCUUCCCACUCUGGGGUCGUUCCAUUUGGGGUCGCAGUGCCACUUGGGUUUGGCCCAGCUGUGACAGCAGAUCCACGGUGGGGGGAGCAUGUCCAGCUGUCUGGAUAAACAGAGGAUUCCAGUCUCCAGGGCUCUUAAUCCUGCCACUAGCACUAGAGUCCCAUUUGUGGGUAUGUCCCCUGCCUGGGGCAGUAACCUAGGACUUGGGAGUCCUGGGUUCGAUUCCCAGCUUUGCCACCUUGAGUGAGUCUCUUAGCCUCUCCGUGCCUCGGUUUCCCCAUUGGUACCAUAGGGAUAAUGGCACAGCCCUGCCUCACGGGGGUUAAAGAUUUUGAGACGCUCAGAUCCUGCAGCAUUGGGCGGUCAUACGGGUUUCUUAGGCUGGUAUAUAGUCUGCCAGCUCAGGGCACGGGGCCUAUCCGAAUGGGUGCAGCAGUUCGGAGGAGCUAGCGGCUAUGUGCGUCACUGGCACGGUGGCAUUGGACUGGCAGGGGACCCUCUUUGAACCCGCUUUCUCCCCCUCCAGCAGCGCAUCAGAGGGGAAAGAUGGUGAAAGAAACAGGCUACUACGACCUCUUGGGCGUCAAGCCGGGCGCCACCUUGGAUGAGAUCAAGCGUGCGUACCGGCGGCUGGCGCUGAAAUACCAUCCCGACAAGAACCCCAGCGAAGGAGAGCGGUUCAAGCAGAUCUCGCAAGCCUAUGAGGUGCUGUCGGACACCCAAAAGAGGGCGUUGUAUGACCGGGGUGGGGAGCGGGCCAUGAAAGAAGGUGGCAUGGGAGGCCGAGGAGGAUUCGGGUCCCCGAUGGACAUAUUCAACAUGUUUUUCGGAGGAGGGGUGCGGAUGCCUGGCCGGCCAGAGAGGAGAGGAAAGACAGUGGUGCAUCCGCUCCCGGUGACCCUGGAGGAUCUGUACAACGGCACCACCCGAAAGCUGUCCCUGCAGAAGAACGUCAUCUGCAGCAAGUGCAACGGCUGCGGGAUCCGGGAGGGCGUUGACAGCAGAUGCCCCAAGUGCCACGGCACUGGCAUGGAAUUUCACGUCCACCAGUUGGGGCCCAGCAUGAUCCAGCAGAUCCAGACCAUGUGCUCGCAAUGCCAGGGCCAGGGCGAGUGGGUCCGGCCCCUCGAUCGCUGCCUCACCUGCAACGGCAGGCGGGUGGUGCGGGAGAAGAAAAUCUUGAACGUCCACCUGGACAGAGGCAUGCAGGAUGGGCAGAGGAUCACGUUCCAUGAGGAAGGGGACCAGGUGCCUGGCCUAGAGCCUGGGGACGUGGUCAUUGUCUUGGAUCAGAAGGAGCACCCUGUCUUCCAGCGCGUCGGCGACAACCUGGUCCUCCGAAAGGAGAUCAGCCUGGUGGACGCUCUGUGCGGCUUCAGGCAAGUUGUCCGCACUUUGGACAACAGGACCCUGCUCGUCUCCUCCCAGCGUGGUGACGUCAUCCGGCCGGGAUCAGUGAAGUGCGUCCCUAACGAGGGCAUGCCCGUCUACAGAAGCCCCGCCCAGAAGGGCCGGCUCAUCAUACACUUCCAGGUGAGAUUCCCAGAGCCAGGCUGGCUUUCCCCGGACCGUCUCCGCCAGCUCCGCACCUUCUUCCCCCCACAAGAAGAGGUCAUGGCGACGGAGGACAUGCAGGAGGUGGAACUGAGCGACUACUUCUCCCAGCCGGGACACUGGUGGCAACCCCACGCCGGCGAGGCCUACCAUGAAGACGACUUCGAGGAGGCCUCACACCCGCACGUCCAGUGCCACACAUCAUAGCCCCCCCUGGGCGGCCGCUGCCUCCCUGGAGCAGGGCGGGGAGGACGGGGCGAGGGGGGCGGUUCGGAAGGUCGUGCGGUUCAGGGAUGUAAAUAGUUAACGCUGCCACCAGUCCAGUUCGGCGUAGCUCCGGCCUGGCUCGGUCGGUCCCCGGGGAGCGCCACUGAGCCCCUGCGGCAGGAGGAGGCUCAGCACGCGGAGUUCCUCGCAUCCCACAUCCUGGCAGCACGUUCUCAAGGGCUUAGGAUCCAGCUAACAGUAGUUGCUGCCUCCGAGGAGCGUAGUGGUGUAAAAGGGUCUCUGGGCACAAUGCAUCAGGAUCAAUGUCUGCAGGGAUCAUUCACUGCUAUCGCUCUGGGGGCCUGAUUCUCACUCACACCAAAGCCCCUUUAGGCCCCAGUGAGGAGGCCUUAAAGUGGGAGUAACCGUACCCCGCGCCCACAGGCAGGCCCCUUUCGUGCUGCCAGAGCAGCAUCAAAGAACCUUAGUUGUCCUCGAGAAUCGGGUCCUUGGGUUUAAACCCCGUCCAGAUUCUCCACUCAGCCCCAUGGGAAUUUGACCGGCUUUAGUCAACGUGCCGUGUUUGCACUAAAGCUUUGUGCAGUUUCGCGACCUGCCCUGGGAGUUUUGCUUCCUCCUCUGCUUUGGGUGGACUCUCCGGCUUCCCCGCCUGAGCUCAGAGACGCACUCGCUCGAGAGAUCUUAUUUUGCACAUUUAAACUAAAGGGGCUGUUUUCCUAGGGAGGGAAUAACAGGGACUUAUUAAAGCCGGUUUUCCUCUGCUUGGAAAACGCCAGCAGCUUCGCAAAGACACCUCUGUCUGCUUGGGUUUUCCAUUGACUCGCAUCCCUUAGCAAGUAACAGAAUGUGGAAAGAAUUUUGAGGAGUCAGUGGCACUUAACUAGAAAUAAUCCCGAGCCUGGAAUCAGAUCCGCCUGGUAGGAGGUCUAGGGACCAAGAUCUAGUCUGAGGAGCCUGGGUCUGCUUCGCAGAUCUCUACUGCCGACCCUGUCGGUAGCACUGAAAUCCCAGGGCUUUAUUCCCAAGUGCCCUGCCCUGUUGUUGUUUACAGCAGCGCAUAGUCGGCGCAAAAUGCUGCCGGCUCAGAACCGGUGUCAAUGCACCAGGCAUAGGGCAAUGAGGGAUCAGUCCUGCCCACAGGCGUUUGGGGAUUAGCGCCAUCUACUGGUAGUCCUGAGCUAUGCGCUAUCCCAGAAUAAAACAUGGCUCAGCUGUUUCUUUCAGGUUCA